AUGAUGGGCUGUGGUUUAGUUGUAGUGCGUCCACGCGUUUUCGAUCCAACCAUAAUUGGGAAACUAGUGUGUAUUCUAGCACUUGUCCUUCGAUGCGUUCUGUGCACUUCGGAGCAUCCUGAAUUAGGUGAUCGAGCGAGACUUGUAGUAACGAAAGAAGUGUUGAAUCGUUAUCUGGUUGAAGCAAAGGAAGUCACUCUACUUUACACGAUUCACAAUCUCAGUCCCAGAGCUGCUCGAGACGUGGAGAUCCAUGAUCGUCUUCCAGAAUCCGAUUUCUCCUUUGUUCAUGGAAGUCGUUCGACCAGAUGGCCUGUCAUUCUCCCUAUGUCUAACAUUACCCACUCUGUGAUAGUUAUUCCCCGGUCUGCUGGUUACUUUAAUUUCACCAGUGCGGAAGUAACAUACAAAGCCGGUCCAGAUGGCACAGUGACAUACGGCUAUUCUUCCGCUCCUGGAAUGCGUUUAAUUCUAACUCCUUCAGUUUUCAAUCGACAGUUUUCUUCACACUGGGUAGGUCUUUCCUAUCGAUAUCUGACCUCUUUAGAUGGAGUGGAUAUGCUUUGCAUUCAUCAUGGGACCCUGCCUGGCAAUGCCCUACAUGCUUUGGCGCGCUAG